GUCGCAUCGUUUUUCUAGACGAUCUUUGUUUGCAUGAAACCUCUCGCGUAAGACAAUAAAAGACGGCCACAUCCACACACACCCACUAUCUUGAACCGUUGAAUCGUACAUCAAAAUUGAAACUAAUUUAGUCGAAUUCUAGUGUGGCCAUUAGUUCAGUAGACUGCCCGAACGCGAUCUGAUCGUUACCUACUCAAAAACCAUGAAGUCGCUUCACUUGUGCGUGAUCAUCCUUGGGAUGAUCAUACUGCUCUCCAGAUUGUGUUACGCUUGGGAAUGUACCAAACCAGGCCGGUUUCGGGACCCGGAAGAAGGUGAAGAGAGCUGCAAUUUGUACGUUACUUGCAUUCCGGAUGGAGAAGGAUCUUUCGCGUUGAGAAACGAUCAGUGCAGUUCAGGAAAUUUGUUCAGCGAGAAGUACCAGCGAUGCAUAUCGGGAGAGUCUUGUGACAGUUUGGAAGACUUUUAUUCAAUUGAAUACGAUUGUAAGGAAUGCGGAAAGUUUGUAAAUGUUAAAUCUCAGGACUGCAGGCAGUUUGUGAACUGUUUGAAAACGAAAGACCCCGGAGUAUUUGUUCCGAUCAAGCAAAACUGUCCGAAGGAUCAAGUAUUUUCAGCAAAAACGUUAACAUGUGUGGACGAGAGCGACUAUCAGUGUCCUCCAACAGUAUUGAAGUUUUUGUCAGACUUUGUAUGUCUGGGGGUAGGACAGUACCCUGAUGAAUCCGUUCCAAACUGUCGAGGUUAUCGAUUGUGCUCACGGUCAAAAAAUGGGUCACUUGUUUCGGAAAACUUCUUGUGCGAAAAUGAUACAAUUUAUUCGGAAACUGAUAAGAACUGCGUAUCACCUGAAGAUUAUGAUUGUCCCGAUGACGGAACGGACGACUUCGAAUGCCCAGGAGUUGGAAGAUAUCCAGACAAGGUAUCAAAAACAUGUGAGACCUAUCACAACUGUGUGGAAAACUCUAGGGCGGAGUUGAAAGCCACCUUAUCGACGUGUCCCGGUGGAACAAUUUUUUCGGCAAUCACUUCUAAAUGUGUCUCUGCGUCGGAGUAUGUUUGUCCAACCGCACUUGCUGAAUUGGAACUAUUCGAGCAGCAGUCGGUGAAUGAGCCCAGCAUUGCACGACGAAUUGCAAAUGAAGCGGAAAUCAAUGAUUGCGCGGAAUCAGGGAGGUUUGCUAACAAUAAUGAUCAAUUAUGCAAGACUUACUAUUUGUGUUCUCGCGAUCCUGAAGGAAAUUGGUUCAAGCAACUGGUUCGAUGCCCAACUGGAACAGUUUUCUCACCGGAACAGAAACGUUGUUUAGGUAACACAGAAGAUGUUUGUCCAACUUUGACAACCGUCGAGCAGCCAACAACGCCUACUUCGACGACGGGUGAAUUAUUGCCGGCUGAGUGCGUUGGAGCCGGUCGAUCUCCCAAUCCGGAAGAUGAGGCGUGCAAAACGUUCUAUUUGUGUUCUUUAAACUCCUACAAUGAACUUGUUCGUGCUCUAUUCCGAUGCCCUGAAGGAUCCGUGUUUUCAACGGAAACCAAUAAAUGCGUAAAAAACGACGGUACUUUUGAAUGUGGGCGUGUUUCUGAAUCUUCCACAGAAGACAGUUUCGACCAAUCUGGAGAUGGAUUGAGUCCAACAUCGCCUAUCCAAACAUCGGAUCUGGAAUCAACAGACGUCACAGAAACAGUACCGAUAACGAUAGAAGCAGAAACGGUGAAUACUGUUGUCACAGUGGCAACUGUAUCUUACGAAUAUCCCUGCACGGCAACGGGUCGCUUUGCAGACAUCAAUUCCAUUGAUUGUAGGUCGUACUUUUUGUGCGCGGAAGAUGAUUCCGGAUCUAUAAUUUCUACGCACCUGCACUGCCCGUCCGGAAUGGUGUUUUCGAGAAAUAACAACAAAUGUGUGGCAUCGACAAGGAAUUUUUGUUAG